UUUCCUGUUGACAAGAGACUCGACAUCAAAACAAAUUUUUAAAGGAAAAUCUAAAAUGGAGGACGAUUUAUUAAACUUUAUGCAACGAUUGUAAUUUAUUAUACUUCAAAGUAGCUUCAACAGGAUCAGAGGUUACAAAUUAAAAGGCCAAAGUGCAGCGGAACUGUUGAUGUAUUCCUCGAAUGUGUUACCGGUUUGUUUUGGCAGUUGCGCAUCCUAUGGCGCAUUCAUUCCAGUCCCUGUUAGCAUUAGCUUUAUCACGUAGCAUUCCUGGAGCAGGAAACCGAUCCAUUGUGUGAUGUUUGGGUGAAAAUAUACUCUUGAAGCUGCAAACAUGGCGCUUUCGAUGGAAACGCAGCUGCAGAGCAUCUUCGAAGAUGUUGUGAAAACAGAGCUGAUAGAAGAGGCCUUUGCAGGAAUGUUCAUGGACACUCCUGAGGAUGAGAGGACUAAACUUAUCAGCUGUCUUGGAGCUUUCAGACAGUACUGGGGAACACUUCCACAGGAUUCUCAUGAGCAGUGUGUGCAGUGGAUCGUUCGCUUUAUACACAGCCAGCAUAGUCCCAAAAGGAUCUCCUUCCUAUAUGAUUGUCUAGCAAUGGCUGUGGAGACCAGCCUGUUACCGCCAAGGAUGGUGUGUGUUGCUCUGAUCAGCUCAGACAGUUUGGAGUGGGAAAGGACUCAGCUGUGGGCUUUAACAUUCAAACUGAUCCGCAAAAUCAUCGGAGGUGUCGACUACAAGGGUGUUCGCGAUCUGCUGAAAGCCGUACUGGAUAAAAUACAAACCAUCCCUACGACUGUCAGCUCGGCUAUAGUUCAGCAGCUUUUUGCAGCCAGAGAGGUGGUGGAAUAUAUCCUGGACAGAAAGGCCUGCCUUCUGCCGGCCUAUUUUGCUGUCACCGAAAUCAGAAAACUUUAUCCGGAGGGACAGCUGUCUCACUGGCUUUUAGGCAGUUUAAUAUCCGACUUUGUGGACAGCUUUAGACCAACUGCGAGAAUCAACUCUAUAUGCGGGCGAUGUAGUUUGUUACCAGUGGUGAACAACAGCGGGGCAAUCUGCAACUCCUGGAAAUUAGAUCCCACAACUCUCCGCUUUCCCCUGAGGGGCAUGUUGCCUUUUGACAAGGACCUGUUUGAGCCUCAGACCGGCUUGCUCCGUUACGUGCUAGAACAGCCCUACUCAAGGGAGAUGGUGUGCAACAUGUUGGGACUCAACAAACAGCAAAAGCAGCGCUGCCCGGUGUUAGAGGAGCAGCUGGUGGACCUGGUGGUGUACGCCAUGGAGCGCUCUGAGACCGAGGAACAUUUCGACGCCGACAUCGGAGGAACUAGCCAGUUACUGUGGCAGCACCUCUCCUCCCAGCUCAUCUUCUUUGUGUUGUUUCAGUUUGCCAGUUUUCCCCACAUGGUGCUAUCAUUACAUCAAAAGCUUGCAGGUAGAGGUCUAAUUAAAGGGAGAGAUCACCUCAUGUGGGUCCUGCUGCAGUUCAUUUCAGGGAGCAUUCAGAAGAAUGCCCUGGCUGACUUUUUGCCAGUGAUGAAGCUUUUUGACCUGCUUUAUCCAGAAAAGGAGUGCAUCCAGGUGCCUGACAUUAACAAGCCUCAAUCGACACACUCUUUUGCCAUGACAUGCAUUUGGAUCCACCUGAACCGCAAAGCUCAGAACGACAACUCCAAACUCCAGAUACCCAUACCACACUCUCUGAAACUUCACCACGAGUUUCUCCAACAGUCGCUUCGUAACAAGUCCCUGGGCAUGUCCGAUUAUAAGAUCGCCCUGCUGUGUAACGCCUACAGCACCAACUCCGAGUGCUUUACUCUACCAAUGGGUGUCCUGGUUGAGACUAUUUAUGGCAACGGCUCAAUGCGCAUCAACCUGCCUGGCACCAGCUGCAUGGCUUCGGGAUCAGUCACUCCGCUGCCCAUGAAUCUGCUGGAUUCACUCACAGUGCAUGCAAAGAUGAGUCUGAUCCACAGCAUCGCAACCCGCGUUAUAAAGCUGGCUCACGCCAAGUCCAGCCUCGCCCUGGCCCCGGCACUGGUAGAGACCUACAGCAGACUGCUGGUCUACAUGGAGAUCGAGUCACUAGGCAUCAAAGGGUUCAUCAGCCAGUUGUUGCCCAACGUGUUCAAAUCUCAUGCGUGGGGAAUCCUUCACACUUUACUGGAGAUGUUCAGCUACAGGAUGCACCACAUCCAGCCACACUACAGAGUCCAGCUACUGAGUCAUCUGCACAGCCUGGCUGCCGUGCCACUCACCAACCAGAACCAACUGCAUCUGUGCGUGGAGAGCACAGCUCUGCGGUUGAUCACAGCUUUGGGCAGUUCAGAGGUGCAGCCACAGUUCACCCGCUACCUCAACGACCCAAAGACUGUUCUGUCUGCCGAGUCCGAGGAGCUGAACCGCGCCUUGAUCCUCACACUGGCCAGAGCCACACACGUCACAGACUUUUUCACAGGGUCCGACUCCAUCCAUGGCACUUGGUGUAAAGACAUCCUCCAGACCAUAAUGAACUUCACCCCUCACAACUGGGCCUCACACACACUGUCCUGCUUCCCUGCUCCACUACAGGCGUUCUUCAAGCAGAACAACGUUCCUCAGGAGUCCCGUUUCAACCUGAAAAAGAAUGUGGAAGAGGAGUACAGAAAGUGGAAGUCGAUGGCCAACGAAAAUGACAUCAUCACCCACUUCUCCAUGCAGGGCUCUCCUCCUCUUUUCCUCUGUUUGCUGUGGAAAAUGCUGCUGGAGACAGACCACAUCAACCAGAUAGGCUUCAGGGUCCUUGAACGUAUUGGAGCUCGUGCACUGGUGGCUCAUGUACGAACAUUUGCAGACUUCCUCGUCUACGAAUUCUCAACAUCAGCCGGCGGACAGCAGCUCAACAAGUGCAUCGAAAUACUUAAUGACAUGGUCUGGAAAUACAACAUAGUCACUUUGGACAGACUCAUCUUGUGCCUGGCAAUGCGUAGCCACGAAGGAAAUGAGGCCCAGGUUUGCUACUUCAUAAUCCAGCUCCUCCUGUUGAAGCCCAACGACUUCAGGAACCGAGUCAGCGACUUUGUCAAAGACAACGCUCCUGAGCACUGGCUGCAGAGUGACUGGCACAACAAGCACAUGAACUACCACAAGAAAUACCCAGAGAAGUUGUACUUUGAGGGUCUUGCAGACCAAGUCAACCCCCCCAUGCAGCUCCAGCCUCAGUACCUGCCCAUUUACUUUGGCAACGUGUGCCUGCGCUUCUUACCCGUCUUUGACAUCGUCAUCCACCGCUUUCUGGAGCUUCUCCCUGUCUCCAAAUCCCUGGAAACGCUUCUGGACCAUCUGGGAGGACUCUACAAAUUCCACGACCGCCCGGUGACCUACCUGUACAACACACUUCACUACUAUGAGCGACACCUGAGAGACAGAACCAGCCUGAAGAGGAAACUUGUCCAUGCCAUCAUGUCCUCACUGAAGGAAAACCGGACUCCAGGUUGGUGUCUGAGUGAAACCUAUUUGAAGUUUGGCAUGAACCCCAGAGAGGACAACGUGUGGAUCCCAGAUGACACCUACUACUGCAAGCUGAUUGGGCGCCUCGUGGACACCAUGGCGGGUAAAUCACCUGGUCCCUUCCCCAACUGCGACUGGAGGUUCAACGAGUUCCCCAACCCUGCAGCUCACGCGCUGCACGUCACCUGCGUGGAGCUGAUGGCUCUGGCCGUGCCAGGAAAAGACGUCGGCAACGCUUUGCUCAACGUUGUGCUGAAGAGUCAGCCUCUGGUCCCCAGAGAGAACAUCACAGCUUGGAUGAAUGCGAUUGGACUUGUGAUCACUGCACUUCCGGAGCCCUACUGGAUCGUCCUCCACGACCGGAUCGUGUCUGUGAUCAGCUCACCGGCACUGACGUCAGAGACGGAGUGGGCGGGUUACCCUUUUGCCUUGCUGGACUUUACGGCCUGCCACCAAAGUUACAGCGAAAUGAACUGCAGCUACGUGCUAGCAUUAGCACACGCUGUAUGGCACCACUCGUCCAUCGGACAGCUGUCUCUGAUUCCCAAAUUCCUGUCAGAGACUCUGAAGCCCGUCGUUCAGACAGAGUUCCAGUUACUUUACGUGUAUCACCUGGUGGGGCCGUUUCUGCAGCGCUUCCAGCAAGAGAGGACACGGUGCAUGCUGGAGAUUGGCGUGGCCUUCUAUGAGAUGCUGCAGGCUGUUGACCAACACUGCCAACAUCUCAGCUACAUGGACCCGAUCUGCGAUUUCCUGUAUCACAUUAAAUACAUGUACACCGGAGACAGUGUGAAAGAUCAGGUGGAGAAAAUCAUCAUGACUUUGCGUCCAUCCAUGAAGCUUCGUCUACGCUUCAUCACACACAGCAGCAUGACCGAGACCUCGUCAUCAGCUGCCACCGCCGCCUCCACAUCCUCCUCUUCCUCCUCAGGCACCCCUCAGCCCCCACCCCCCUCGCUCUCCUCAAACGCCGCCGCCUCUCCCUCCCCCUCAUCCUCGCAGCACGCACACACAGCCAUGUAGACACGAAAACAGGUGCGAUCAGGACGGCGGGCUUAAAGGCUCAAAAUCGCUGGCAAAUGUUCAGUUUGUCAGCCGUUUGAAACAUCAGAAGGAAAUUCAACAGGUCACAUCUUUCUAAACGAGAAGCCUGGGAGUUUAAUUUAAAAAAAAGGAAAAAGGUUUUUUGUGUCUAAAAAUGAUGUUUGAUAAACUUCUUAGGUGUAUUUUGGUGUGUGUUUUUUUUACACAUUUUUUAUUAUGUACAUUACAUUCGUUUUAUAAUAAACUGGACAACAACAAUAAUAAAAAACUUAACUACAAACUGUACAUGUCUGUGAUCAAAUGGUUAAAGAGCAGCAUUUCUUCAAAAUAAACUAUUCCACAGCAUUUAUCUGUUCUGAUGGAAUUUUAUUGAUUUCUUCACUGUU